UGUGUUGGCUAAGUUAACCUGCAACUUUCUUUUGUAGGCUUGCAGUUCGGCUAUCAAAAUGUCUACGAAUUCAGUGGAAAAUGAGAUCGAAAAAAACGACCAAAAGAGCGAUAACGAAUUGGAGAUUCCAAUGGACUAUUCGAUAAAACAUCCUCUGCAGAACUGUUGGACACUGUGGUACUACGAAAAUGACAGAACGCAGUCGUGGGCACAAAAUCAGAAGGAAAUUGCUUCGUUUCAAACAGUGGAAGAUUUUUGGAGCCUGUACAAUCACAUCAAACCUGCAAGUGAACUGAGACAAGGCUCUGAUUAUUCCCUUUUCAAGAAAGGAAUCAAACCCAUGUGGGAAGAUGAAGCUAAUAGGAGAGGUGGUCGGUGGCUUCUCAGUUUAGACAGGAAACAAAGAACCAACGAAUUGGAUCGAUAUUGGUUGGACAUUAUUUUAUGCUUAAUUGGAGAAGCUUUCGAAAAUUCUGAUGAAGUUUGUGGGGCUGUUGUAAAUAUCAGGCAGAAAGGUGAUAAAAUAGGAAUUUGGACCUCAGAUGCACAAAACGGUGUAGCAGUUUUGGAAAUAGGAAGGAAAUUGAAAGAAAGGUUGCGCAUACCGUCGAGAACGAUUUUAGGAUAUCAAGUGCAUAAAGAUACGAUCGAAAAGACAGGUUCAGUCUCUAAAUACUCUUACACUGUUUAGCGGGCUAAACAAUGAUCCUAGCUCAGAGUUAAAUAUUGAUUAAUGUUAACUUUAUUUUUAAUUGUAUUUUGUAUUCUCUUUUUUUUAGAAUGAAUUAAUUUUGAGUUUGAAUGGUUUAUUAUUAUACUCGUUUUGGAAUUA